CUGCACCCUCUCUGUCGCCACCCUUCAGCAUCCGAAUAAAAGCUGGGUGCAGGGUGGGGGGGGACCACUCGCCUGGAUUGCCGUUGGAAGAGAGCAACAGAGACAGAACAAGAAGAAGAGAAGACAGUCCAUCUGUGUUAACAUCGUCAACAACGAGGAUAUUUUGACACCCACAUCCACCCACACACAUCCACCUACCCAGCUUACACACAUUCGAUCUGCAGGAUGGACUACGGCUAUUCGAACGACUGCACCCCGCUGACCAGCUGCAAGGCGGCCCGCAAGCCGGCCGGCUCCACGGUGGUGAACAUGGGACACGCUCCGAAGAGGCCGCCCAAGGACUACCUGCUCUGGUCGCUAUGCAACACCCUCUACGUCAACUUCUGCUGCCUGGGCUUCAUGGCUCUCAUCUACUCCAUCAAGGCGAGGGACCAGAAGACCCUGGGGGACCUCCGCGCGGCGCAGGAGUGCUCGGACAAGGCCAAGUGGUACAACAUCCUGGCGUCCGGCUGGAACCUUCUGCUGCCCCUCCUGGUCCUGGGGCUGCUGGCGCUGCUCCUGGUCCACCUGGGCACCACCGAGGGCUCCUUCGACUUCUUUGGGGAGGAGGGCUUCCAGACCUUCAUCAACCUCUUCAACUUCGGCGGUGACUGGCACUGAUGGGCAAUAGUUGAUUCAUUCAGUCACAAUCCAGUACCACAUGAUAUUCCAAAUGACUUAGUUUUUACCUGUCCACCCAUUCAGAUAGGUGAGUGGCUGGUUGAACGGUCACCUGGUUGAAUUGGACAAGUAAAACAUGGUCAUUUGGAAUAUGGUGACGUUGGCGUGUGGUGCGUAGUGAUGGUGGUCGUCAUUCAUGCCCAUAUCAAAAUGAAAGCACAUGACACAGCAUACAGUGUGAUUCAAUGGAUGAAUAAACACACAUACAGUACAGCACACAUUCCAUCUAGAAUGUUUAUAUGUUGAAAUAUAAGUAUUGUACAUGGAAUGUGUCUGUAUGUGUACUUUUCCCCAUAUGAGGAAAAUCAAAAUUGGGCCACUUUUACGGUAUGUGCCGUGUGUAGUCCGUAUGAAUCACUUUGUAUUUAUGUUUCAUGUUUCUUACUUUCUUUUUAUGGGUGAUGAAUAUUGUGGUAGCAGUCCCAAACCAAACAACAAGCCGAUGAACCUCGAACCUCCAACAUCGGACCCCCCCUCCCCCCCCCCAAAAAAGCCUGCUGUAUCUGCUGUUCCCCAUACCCCUGACAUCUACCUUCCUUUUUGAACAGUACAUCCUUAUUCUUAACUUCCUAAGUAACUUGAUCAUUAAGAUAUUACUGUAUUGUUAUUAUUAUUACUAUUAUUUUUAAUUAUUAUAAUUAUUGCUCUGAGUCAUUUUUGUAAAG